AUGAAUCUUACAGAGCUACCCCCAGAGAUGCUUUUAUACAUUACCAACAAACUUUGCACAGCCAAAGAUCUUUUAUCCUCAGCUCUGUUCUGGGCAGCACGGCAUGACAAACUCCGGACGGCCCAAUUCCUCCUUCAAGUGCCAGGUGCCACGGCGGAUGUUGUAUCUGAAGGAAAUACUCCGUUGAUAGUCGCAGCCAAGUUCGGAUCCCAACUCGUGAUGGAGCUACUUCUCCAGAAUCCAAGUACCCGGCUCAACGCGACCAACCCUUCAGGCCAGACAGCCCUCUGGUGUGCGGCAGCUGAAAACCAUUCUAUAACUGUCUCGCGACUUCUUCAAGAAAACAGAGUGCUGGUUAAUUGCCCCGAUGUCGUGAGCGGGUGGACGCCCCUUGCAGUAGCUGUUUUGAAUGGGCACCGUGAUGUCGUUCAAUGCUUUCUCUCGGAUGAUCGCGCCGAUGUGAAUACGGCAGACAAACAUAGUCGGACACCAUUAUUCCAUGCCGUGCAGUACGACAGAAGUUGUAUAAUGGAGAUGCUUCUCACCGAUACAAGGACUGAUGUCACUCACAGUGACUCCAAGGGCUGUACUCCACUGCUUGACGCUGCACAAAGAGGGUUUUAUUCUUCUAUGAACAUCCUUCUCAAGCGUCCAGAUAUUGAGGUGAAUGUCUACGAUAGCUUUUCCUUAUCACCACUCUGGUACGCCGUUGGAUUCCGCAGUGUAGAUACAGCGCAACAGCUACUGGACAGAGGAGCUACGGCGCAUAUAAUGAAUGGGAGUCAUAGCUCACCGCUCCAGAGGGCAAUUUCGCUGGAGCACAUGGCCAUGAUCAGGAUGUUUUUGCAACAUCCAGGUCUUCGUCCGUCGCCCGGGGCCUCCGAUGUUGGCUCAAGGCUUGGGCCUAACCCGCUAUUCACAGCGGUGCUAGUCGGUCGAAGUGAUAUACUUGAGCUUCUUCUAUCCAGUGGGUUGGAUACUAAUGCACAGGACGAGGAGGGAAAAACACCAUUGGCCCUGGCUGCAAGUAUAGGACAUUAUGAGGAUGUCAAACAGUUGCUUCACCAUCAGAAUACCAAUCCGAGUAUACCUGAUUAUGACGGAUGGACGGCGCUGCAUGAGGCUGCUAUACAUGGCCGACUAUCUGUGACACCGCUUUGGUGGGCAACAUUCCGAAUGCACCCAUGCGUGGCUCAGUGGCUAUUACAUAAAGAUAACAUCAAUGUCAACGCAAUCGGCCUCGAUCAGACAACAUCUCUUCAUCAUGUCGUGCAGGCAGGAAAUAUAGCUAUUACCCGUGCUCUUUUACAGCGAGAGAACUUAGAUCCAAACGCUCUGGAUAGGUUCGGAUAUUCACCACUCAGGAUAGCUGUCUAUAAUGGAGAUAUCCCAAUGGUACAACUACUUCUUACCAGGAAAGACCUCCUGUUAAAUAAUGACUCACCAGCUCAACGACCGCCAAUCUAUGGAAGUGAGCGAUGGAAAAGGUGGAAGCUGGUACAAACACCACUGAUGAUUGCUAUUAAGGAGGGUUAUUGUCAGAUUGCAAUACUCUUACUUCAAAGAACGGGAUCCCGAAUCAACUUUCAGAAUUGGCGAGGUGAAACUGCACUUCUCCUUGCUGCGCGUGGGGGCCAUACAGAAGUUGUAGAACACAUCCUCCGGAAUCCUGCAGCCAAUGUUAAUCUGACCGAUAACUCAGGGCACAGUGCACUAUGGUGGGCCACGCAUAACGGAAACUCCUCUGCUAUACGGCACCUUCUUCUCAUCGCUCACCUAAAGGCGCAAUAUAGAAAUUUAUACUAG